AUGCACAACUUAACCUUACCGAUGCAGGAAUUAUUGCUGCAUAACCAAUAUUUAAAAGGAAUCAAGCAAGGACUGGCCCAUACAACCAUUUUUGAAUAUAUUGCCUUUAAAUCAUUAGAAAGAUACGAGUUUAGGGUAAAGGACCCAGAAGAAGCUGACUUAUUUUAUGUUCCUUUAUUCGCAGCUCUAUUUAACGGUUUGAAAGAUUACGCAAAUAUUGAUACAAUAAUUAUUCCUCAACUUCGAGCAUUUGGAAAGUAUUUUGAUAGGUACGGUGGUGUCGAUUAUGCAUUUAUUCAGAUGCUUUUCUCACAAGAUAAUAUUCCAAUUACUGUUCAUCAGCAGAAAACGCUUGCCUCAAUGAUUACCCUUGGAGAUCUUAAUUACAACUACUCUAAAUAUCAAAUGCGCGAAUCAUGGAGAAAUGUCAACUUUCCUCUAACUUCAAAUAUUGCUCAGCAGUUUGAAAUUAAGCCAGAAUCAAGUCGCCAUAUAUCAACAUUUUUUAUCGGGCAGAUUAAUCUUACCGAUUUCGAUACAGUUGCUGCUCCAAUUAGAGAAGGUAUGGCAAAUGUCAUGAGAGUCAUACCGCAUUCUAUUGUUAUUGAUGCAAGAAGAUAUGAUCCUAUUACAGGUGUUUACAGCUAUAAUUUUUCAAGAAUGAUGUCAAAUUCGAAAUUUUGUUGUGUUCCACAUGGAGAUGGGCCAACAACUAAACGGCUAUUCGAUACUUUUCGCACUCUUUGCAUACCUAUAGUCCUUAGUGAUGAAAUUAAAUUUCCAUUUGAAGAUCUUUUCAUAAACUAUCCAGAAAUAUUGAUACAAAUACCAGCUUUCGAGCCAGAUCGCAUACCUAUUGCAAUGAGUAUCCCAAGCACAAAGAGAAAAUUAAGUAUGAAGAAAAACAUGAUCAGAGUUUCUCAUCUCCUUGAACAAAAGUUCGAUUAUAAUAUAGAAAAAGGAAAUUUAAUGUGGGGAUGGCUCUGGGUUCAUUAUUUCAAACUUUCGACUGUUGCAGCAUCAAAACGUCGAACCUUACUCCAGUCAAGAUAUCUGGAUUGA